GCCACGGGCAUCUUGGAGGCUGGCGGGGGUCUCGGGGUGGUUCCUGCGGCCGAGCCGGGCGGUGGCGGCGAGGAAGAGGAAGAGCGGGCGCUGCUAAGACCCAGCGGGCUCCGCGGACAGCGGGGCGGGCGGAUCGCGGGCGGCGGCUCCAUCACCGGCGGAGAGAAAGGGGAAGAGGAGGAGGAGGAGGCGGCAGAGGAAGGAGGCCGGGGCGGAGGGUCCCCGGGAUGGACAUGGCCUGACGGGCCCGCAGUCCCCGCGGGCCGAAGCAGCGGUGCCGGCGGCGCCCGGCAUUCUCCCCCGCCGCAUGCCGCGGUAGCUGGCGAGGGGCCGCGGCGAGCAGGAAGCGGCGGCGGACGAUGCGGCGGGGCGGCCCGGCGGCAUGCUGAGGAGCGGGGCGGGUGGCGGGGAGGCCGCCGGCGGGGCGGCGGGCGGCGACGGCCUCCGGAGCGCCUCCCCCCACCGAAACGCCUACGAGACCACCAUACAGGCCCUGGCGCCCACAAAGGAGGCCGAUGGCGAGGAUGGCAAGAAAAGCCGGGGCAAGAAGUAUGGCUCCAACGUCCACCGCAUCAAGAACAUGUUCCUGCAGAUGGGGACGGCGCCCGGCUCCGAGGGAGCCUGCGACCUGGCCAAGGCCAAGGAGAAGCCCAUCCAUCUCUCCUUGCCCCGGGCCGGCAGCCUCAACGAGAGCAUGGACCAGGGUAGCCUCCUCAAGCUGGGCACCAGCGUCUCAGAGAGGGUCAGCCGCUUCGACUCCAAACCUGACAAGCCCUUCUCCAAGCUGCAGGAGACCCGCAAGAUCUUCGAGAGGAGUGCCCAGGAGAAGGCCACCACCACCAAGCUCUUGCUGCAGAAGGAACGAGCCGGUUUCCAGGACCGUAAGCUGGACGUGGUGGUGAGGUUCAACGGCAGCACCGAGUCCUUGGACAAGCUGGACACUGAAGCCGUGUCGCCCACCGUCAGCCAGCUCAGCGCUGUCUUUGAGAAGGCCGACCUUCGUAACAACCUCCACAAGGCACAGGGGCGAGCGGGAGGGCCACUCAACGUCAAGGUGGUGGGCAAGCGGCCUCGGGUCUUCUUGCCGAGCCCCGAGGGCGGCCGGUCAGGUGAUGGCCACGCUGCUCCAGCACGGGCCAGGCCAGCAGAAGAGAAGGCAGCAGGAAAGGGCGGCCGGCCGGCGGAAAAGGAGGUGGCCGCCCCACGGGUACAGGAGGUCUGCAAGAUCAAGCCAGUGGAGGUGGAGGAGAGCGGUGAGGCUGAAGAGGAGGUGGCAGCGAACAAAGCGGUGCCUGCUCCCCAUCCAGCCAAGGGGGCCGAGAGCCCAGCGCCCACCGCCCCCUGGCUGGAAAGGGGCUCGGGGGUGGCUGCAGGAGAGGAGAAUGUCAAGGGCGAACGGGCAGAGGAGGGCGAUGCCCAUGAGGAGGCCAAGAAGGAGGACUUCUCCGAGGCAGACCUGGUGGACAUAAGUGCCUACAGCGGGCUUGGGGAAGACUCAGGAGGCAGCGGGCUGGAGGAAGAGGAGGAGGCUGAAGAGCUGUAUGAGCCCAAGUCAGGCUGCGUGGAGAUCCCCGGGCUGUCUGAGGAAGAGGAGCCCAUCCCCAACCGCAAGAUCCAGUUCAGCACGGCCCCCAUCCAGGUCUUCAGCACUUACUCCAAUGAAGAUUAUGACCGCCGCAAUGAAGAUGUCGACCCCAUGGCUGCCUCGGCCGAGUAUGAGCUGGAGAAGCGUGUGGAGCGGCUUGACCUCUUCCCCGUGGAGCUGGAGAAAGUGGGUGCUGUCUCCACAGACUCGGAAGGGCUGGGCAUCAGUAUCAUCGGCAUGGGCGCAGGGGCCGACAUGGGCCUCGAGAAGUUGGGCAUCUUUGUUAAGACAGUGACAGAAGGUGGUGCAGCCGAUCGGGAUGGCAGGAUCCAGGUGAACGAUCUCAUCGUGGAGGUGGAUGGCACCAGCUUGGUGGGGGUGACGCAGAGCUUUGCUGCCUCUGUCCUCAGGAACACCAAAGGCUGCGUCCGAUUCCUCAUUGGGCGGGAGAAGCCAGGGGAGCAGAGCGAGGUGGCACAGCUGAUCCAGCAGACACUGGAGCAGGAACGGUGGCAGCGGGAGAUGAUGGAGCAGCAGUACACCCAGUACACGGAGGACGACGAGGAGACUGGUGAGUAUGCCACAGAUGAGGAGGAGGAGAUGAGCCCCAUGUUCCCCAGUGGAGAGAUGGCCAUCGAGGUGUUUGAGCUGGCUGAGAACGAGGACACACACUCCCCCAUGGAGAUGGACCCCAAAAAGCUUGUACACAAAUUCAAGGAGCUCCAGAUCAAGCAUGCCAUCACCGAGGCUGAAAUCCAGCAGCUGAAGAGGAAGCUGCACUGCCUGGAACAGGAGAAGGCACGCUGGCGGGCUGAGAAGACCCAGCUGGAGCAGAGCGUAGAGGAGAACAAGGAGCGGAUGGAGAAACUGGAGGGGUACUGGAUGGAGGCCCAGAACCUCUGCCAGGCUGUGGAUGAGCACCUCAAGGAGACACAGGCCCAGUACCAGACCCUGGAGCGCAAGUACAGCAAGGCCAAGAGGCUCAUCAAGGAGUACCAGCAAAAGGAGAUAGAGUUCCUGAAGAAGGAGACGGCGCAGCAGCAGGUGCUGGAGGAGUCGGAGCUGGCACACAGGGAGGAGAUGGAGAAGCUGCAGGAGAAGAUCUCUGAACUGGAGGCCAAGCUGCAGACUUUGAAAAAUUCCAACCCGACUUAAAACCAUCCUCAAAUCACAGCGAUUUUGUGGGGAGGGGAGCAGUCUCCCCCAGCCCUGUCCCUCUCUCCAACCCCUUCCCCACUGGGGAGGAGGCGAGAUUCCUGCCAAGGCCUCCUGGUGCCCCUCAGCCCCCCCCGGGGGCACAGACAGCGCAGGGGGGUCAGGGUGUAUCUCAGGGAGGGGAAUUGGAGGGGGCAGACACCCCGCAUUCGUAUCUCUGUCCAAUGUGAGUCUUGUGGUAAUGUGA